GUUGACACCGGAUGUGUUUCCUCCCAGGCUGACCCCACCUUCCGGCCUGGGCCGCCGCUGCAGCGGAAAGCUCGGCUCUGGUUUCUGAGUCGAUUGUGACCAUGGCUGCUGAGUCUGAUGUUCUGCACUUCCAGUUUGAACAGCAAGGAGAUGUAGUCUUGCAGAAAAUGAAUCUCUUGAGACAGCAGAAUUUAUUUUGUGAUGUGUCAAUUUAUAUUAAUGACACUGAGUUCCAGGGGCACAAGGUGAUUUUAGCUGCUUGCUCCACUUUUAUGAGAGAUCAAUUUUUACUCACGCAGUCAAAACAUGUCAGAAUCACCAUCUUGCAGAGUGCAGAAGUUGGCAGAAAAUUGUUGCUCUCUUGCUACACUGGGGCACUUGAAGUUAAAAGGAAAGAGCUUUUGAAAUACUUGACUGCUGCUAGUUACCUUCAGAUGGUUCACAUUGUGGAAAAGUGCACAGAAGCUUUGUCAAAAUAUCUGGAAAUUGAUCUUUCUAUGAAAAAUAACAAUCAACAUGCUGACCUGUGUCAAUCCUCUGAUCCAGAUGUUAAGAAUGAAGAAGAAAGUUCCGAUAAAGACUGUGAGAUCAUUGAAAUUUCAGAGGAUAGUCCUGUAAACAUAGAUUUCCAUGUUAAAGAAGAAAGCAAUGCUUUACAGUCUGCAGUAGAGAGCUUGACAUCAGAAAGAAAGGAAAUGAAGUCACCGGAGCUGUCUUCAGUAGACAUAGGUUUUAAAGACAAUGAAAUUCGUAUCCUCCAUGUGGAAUCUAUCAGUACUGGGGAUGUAGAAAAUGAGAAGUUUUCACAGCCUUGUACCUCUUCAAAAGCAAGCAUGUAUUUCUCGGAAACACAGCAUUCACUGAUCAAUUCUACAGUUGAGAGCAGAGUGGCAGAAGUUCCUGGGAAUCAAGAUCAGGGCUUAUUUUGUGAGAAUACUGAAGGAAGUCAUGGUACAGUGAAUGAGAUUCAGAAUCUAGAGGAUGCUUUUUCCCUGAGGCACCAGUGCCCCCGGUGCCCUCGGGGGUUUCUUCACGUUGAAAACUAUCUGCGCCACCUUAAGAUGCAUAAACUGUUCUUGUGCUUACAGUGUGGGAAAACAUUUACACAAAAGAAAAAUCUCAACCGGCACAUUCGAGGGCACAUGGGCAUACGGCCCUUUCAGUGUACUGUAUGCCUGAAGACAUUUACUGCUAAAAGCACACUUCAAGACCACUUGAACAUACACAGUGGGGAUCGGCCAUACAAAUGCCACUGUUGUGACAUGGAUUUCAAGCACAAAUCUGCUCUCAAAAAGCACUUAACCUCUGUCCAUGGCAGAAGCAGUGGUGAAAAACUACCCAGGCAUGAUAUGGAAAGGCAAAAUCAACUAUAAUUAGAAUCACACCUUGCUAUGUAAGCCUUACAUCAUUCUGUUAGGCAAGUCUUUCUAUAGAAAUGCAGCAUUUGUAAUAUUGCGUUUCCAACCCUAUCAUUGGGUCUUAUUUUUGGUCUACCUACACAAGUUAUUCUUUCUGAACUUGUACUACCAGUUCCAAAGUGUGGGAGACAUGUUAAAGCUGAGAGGAUGCUGUCUCAUCUCAUACAUUAUAUAUAAGUCCCAGUGGUUUACCUAGAGAAAUAGUGUUCCUCUUAAAUAUUCUUGCUUCUAGUGACAGAGGAUCCAGCAUUAUUUCCAGAUUCUGAUUUUGAGUCUCUAGAUAAUUGAUAUAAGUGUAAAAUCCAACCAUACCAUAACGUCAAUAAAUUAGGAUAAUGGAAAGAGAAAAUAAAUUUUAAAACAUACUAUUACCCAUUAUUAGUGAUUUUAAAAACGGGACUAGUGAAUUUUUUUUUUAAUCAACUCUAUUGGAUUCUAAACUAAACACCAAGGUAUCUAUUGUUUUAAACCAUAAAGGAACACAAUUCAAAUUCAUUUGGAAGUAGCAGACUUUCCUUAUACAUAAGCUAAUAUUCCUUGCAAUAAUAUUUCAUGAGUUGUUAGUAUGCAUAUUUUAGAAACGAUUAAUUGGGCCCAGGUUUCUUGAUUUUAUUUAAUACGGUUACAUUUAAUAAUUUUGUGGCCAGUAAAAUUAUACCAUUGGCAUGAAGCUCUAAGAUAUUUUUUCUGUUUCCUUUUUGAAAUUUAUUUUAUUUUAUUUGUUGGUUAACGUACAGUAAAAUUGACCUUUGUUUUUGGUGUACAGUUCUAUGAAUUUUUACAUAUGUACAGAUUUAUGCGACCACCACUGCAAUUAGGAUACAGAACAUUCCAUCACCCUCCAAAACUCCUUUAUGCUUCUCCUUUGUAGUCAGCUCCUCAUCCUAGCACUAAACCCAGGCAACCGUUCUCCAUCACUAUAAUUUUGCCUUUUCUGAAAUAUCAUAAAUGGAACCUUAUAGUAUGUUCCUCUUUAUAAAAAAAAAAAAAUUAUUUAUUUCUUUUGGCUGCACUGGGUCUUAGUUGCAGCACACGGGAUCUUUUAGUUGCGGCAUGGGGACUUCUUGGUUGCAGCAUGCAUGUGGGAUCUAGUUCCCUGACCAGGGAUCGAACCCAGGCCCCUUGCAUUGGGAGCACGGAGUCUUACCCACUGGACUACCAGGGAAAUCCAUAGUAUGUUCCCUUUUUUUUUUU